AUGGUGGCAAGCAAAAGCCGCCAUUUCAAAACCCUCAUGUACCUCAGGUUCUUCGUAUUUUAGAGAGUGAGAGAGAGAGCAAAAGAGCAGAGAGAGAGAGAGAGAGAGAGAGAGGGAGAGGUGAAAACCACGGAGUUUCUUAGGAGAGAAAAAGUCAGAGAUAGAGAGAGAAUUGGAAACCCUAAUCUUUCAUUGAAUGAGGUCAUAUUUUGACAAUUCAGAAUUUUUCCCUCCAACUUUAAAAUGAAACCAAGAACAAAUGGGGUACCUAGAGCUCAGAAGUCAAAAAAUUUUCAGGGUGAAGGGCCAAAUUGGAUUCUCAUUGCUGGUGGUGCCUUGUUAAGUACAUUAUCAAUUCGCCUAGGUUACAAGCUGAAGCAGGCACUUGACGCAAAGCAGCAACAGAAUGCUAAUAAUAGUUUGAAAGGAAACGGGAAAUCCUCUGACAGAAGGAAGGCUGCUGGUUCCCAUUUGCAUUCAAAUGUGUAUUCUUUUACAAGAGAAGAUGACGACUGCUUCAAUUGCAUCUCAGGAACUGAAGGCAUGAUGGAGAUAAAGUGCCCUCCCAAUGGCCAGAUGUUGACUGAAUCUGAUGGUGCUCUCCCUUUGGUUACUGUUCCUACUCCUGAAUUUAACAAGGAUAAUGGUGUUAUUUGGUCUUCUUCUCCUGAUCGCCUUGAGUUGCUGCCAAAGCGAUUCCACCAUUCAAACUGCUCAGACUCUCCAUGUGUCUCAGAAUCUGGCUCUGAUAUUUUCAGCAAGCGCGAAGUAAUACACAAACUGAGGCAGCAGUUGAAGAGAAGAGAUGAUAUGAUAAUGGAGAUGCAAGAUCAGAUUGUGGACUUGCAGAACUCACUGAAUGCUCAGGUAGCACAUUCUACACAUUUGCAGUCGCAGCUUGAUGCCACAAACAGGGACCUAUUUGAUUCCGAGAGAGAAAUCCAGAGACUGAGGAAGGCAAUCGCAGAUCACUGUGUGGGGAAUGUGGGCCCCAAUGGCAAGCCCUCCAUGGCAACAGUUUGGCCAUCUGAGGCAAGAAAUGGCCAUACAAAUGGGUUUCUUGAUGGGGAGAGCGAUUUUGAGCUGCCAGAGAAAGGAAGAGGAGAUGGGGAGAGGAUUGAGAUGCUGCGGAGGGAAGUAGGAGAGUUGAAGGAGGUGAUAGAAGGAAAGGAAUAUUUGCUGCUGAGCUACAAGGAGCAGAAGGCAGAGCUUUCCAUGAAGAUCAAGGAGUUACAGCAGAGAUUGGAUUCACAGCUUCCUAAUAUUUUGUAGGCGCCGUCAGUUUUUGUGAAUUCUUGCUUCAGGCUCCAAAAAUCUGAAGCCCUUUUUUCUCACAACAUCUAGUUUAGCCAAAUUUUUUGGUGCUGUAGUUCAGGUUGUGCACGGGUGCAAGUGUGGAUUCGAGUGAGGGUGUGGGGGUUUGAAAGGUAUAAAGCAGGCAUAGCGGUAGGGUCAUUAUUUCGAUGCUUGUUUCUGGAGAAACGUUUGCUUUCUCUUUCUAUGUAAUGUAGAUAACGGGUUAAUGAGUUUCCUCCAAGCUUCA